UAUAGUUUGUGGCGCGUAUGAAAGGUAAAUAUACAGCUUCGCGUCUCGUGCGCCCGGAGACAAGUCGCGGUCGAGAGACAGCUGCUUCGAUCGAAGGACAUGAAUAGGAGGGCGGAAGGGAGAGAGGGAGAAAGAGAAAAAUACGAGGCCGAGGCAAAGGGAGAACACCAUAAACAUACAAGAUCGGAUUGGUUCUGCUUUCUCCUUUGUCCGCUGGAUGGAAACAUGUUAUAAUACGAGCCAUACGUGUUGAGUUCUUCCCUUCGUUCAGAACAAGCGGGUCUGGAGAUUGUCACGUGGUGCAUCUAUAUAAUAGGAGUAACAAAGAGUGGUGGUUAAAAACACAAUUGUAAAUCAGGAUUGAAAGAGACAGGUGCAAAGGGUUUUCUAGCUGGGAGAAAAAUAAAAACAGUAGAAGUGAGGGUUCAGUGUGAUAGCAGUAAAUGCAGUGGUUGAAGGAGAGAUGGACCCACCAAUAUUUGUUACAUACACCCCUCAAACAAACGGCGUUCCACUGGAGUCCAAGCUUGCUACCUACAUGAAUCGUCAAAGUCCAGCGGUAACUCUAAGUACCACCGCCGUUACAAAACAUUUGUCGAACCUUUCUCUGGAUUCACAGAAAAAAGUAACUGCGAGUCCAGAAUUUGUGCCAGGAAGGAGUCUUACUAGUAGCAACAGCAGUUCACCGAAUCUUUUUAAUAAUUCUUAUCAUUCUCAAGAGAAUGUGGGCGGUACUACUUAUUUUUAUCUUGGGAAUGCUGCGACUGACACCGUUGGAGCUGAGGACGGUACUGAAACUAUUGGAAACGUGGGAGCGGGUCAGGUAGGCUACGUCUAUCCAGGUACACCUUCACACCUUCAGCCUGUGAAACCGGCUAAACCUCCGUCGUCUAAUAGCUCCUCUGCUCCUUCAACUCCACCUCCUCAAGCAACACCGACUUUCUUUGUCAGUGAGAGCUUACGAAUAGACAUUCUUCAAAAAAAUGCACUAACGUUAGCACAACCUGAUGUAGUACGGUUCCCGGACCUACCAAACGAAGUAGAUAAUUACCAUGAGUUGUGCCCACUUGAACCAAUUCAUAAACCUGCGUCGAUAAUGCUUGGAUACCAAACUUCAACGUACAAAGCUACCAGCAUUAAAAGUGGUACACGAUAUUGUUUACGUCGUAUACAUGAUUUCAGACUUGCAAACACAAAAUGUAUGGUUCUGGUAGAUAUGUGGAAGCGAUUAUCACAUACCAAUUUGGUACAAUUGAGAGAAGUGUUUACCACCAAGGCCUUUGGCGAUCAUUCCAUGGUAUUCGUUUAUGACUAUCACCCUGGCUCAGAAACGCUAUUAAAUAAGCAUUUCUCAGCGACUGAAUUGAACGGUUACACGGAUCCAUUUUCCUCGGAUCCGAACGCUCCCCGACCAUAUAGUCAUACUAAAAAUACAAUUCUCAGGCAGCAACACAACAGUAUGCUACCAGAAAGUGUCAUCUGGAGCUACAUAAUUCAACUCACUGCCGCACUUCGUGUUAUACAUGCUGCUGGUUUAGCAUACAGGUGUUUGGACCCCACAAAAGUGUUGCUCACAUCACGAACAAGACUUCGUUUAAGUUGUGUCGCUAUACCAGAUGUUGUUACGUUCGAUGGAAACGCGGAAAAUCCACUUUCACUAAUUCCACAUUAUCAGCAAGAGGAUUUAAUUGCCCUAGGGAAGCUGGUUCUGGCUUUAGCAGGUCGCAGCCUCCUUGCCGUCCAUCGCGACAACAUGCAGGCCUCUCUCGAGCUCGUAGCACGUUCCUACUCCACGGAUCUUCGAAAUCUCAUUCUGUAUUUACUUUCGAAUCAAGCACGAAGGAGUGUAACAGAUCUGAUGCCAAUGAUAGGAGCUCGAUUUUAUACGCAGUUAGACGCAGCCCUGCUUCGAUCUGACGUGCUUGAAAAUGAGCUUGCCAAGGAGCUAGAGAACGGCCGAUUAUUUAAGUUACUUGUAAAAUUGGCCACUAUCAACGAAAGGCCUGAACUUAACAUGGAACCCACAUGGGCAGAGACGGGUGACCGAUACAUGCUCAAAUUGUUUAGGGAUUAUGUUUUCCACCAGGUAGCGGCUGAUGGAAGACCGUGGUUAGAUAUGGCACAUGUUGUAUCUUGUUUAAAUAAGUUGGAUUCAGGUUCUCAGGAUAGGAUAUGUUUAAUGUCACGAGAUGAACAAAGUGUGUUAGUAGUAAGUUACGCAGAAUUACGACAAUGCUUGGAAACCUCGUUUGGAGAACUGGUACAAUCUGCAAAAGAUGCUGUCUAGGUCUGUGUCGCGUUAUUUUCCUUUCUUUCCCGUCAGACGGGCCAGACAGUACAUACUCCGAACCAUAAUUGUGAUAUCACCACUUUAGCGGUACUAUCAUUUUAAACUUUAUCAAGAUAUAGAAGAGUGAGAUUUGGUCCGAGAGUUCAGUUCGGUGAUAAGAAAAAAAAAAUUAAAUAGUACGUGAACCAGUUUGUGAGCAUGACUUCAAGUGUUGAAUCAUUAGAUACCAUACAGAAUGCAUUCUGGUAACUGUCAUUUGAAUGUAACAUAUGUGUGCAAGGUGAUCGUGUGGUGAUGUAAAUCAGAAAAACGUUUGAAUUUUGCUGCGGAAGCUAUUACGGUACUAUACAGAAAACAAAAAGUAAGAAACAGUUGUACACAACUUAAUAAUGCAAUGAAGUCUUAAGAGAUCUUAAGAAUAACACCUAAACACAGUCGGUGUAUAGGAUAGAUCUUAGUUUUUAGGAUACAGCUGGUAAGCAUUAAUUUUGAAAUAAAUGUUUAUUUUUGA